AGGAAUAUAUUAACGUUAGUGUCUAUUUAUCUGUAACCGUUUGAUAUGUUUUUUCACCCCCUACAGUACUAAGUUGAUUGUCAGUAUUUUGGUAUUUUAAUAUUACUCAUCAAUCAUCUAUAUGCAGUCUGUAUAACUAUAUUUCUUUAAGCAGUUGCAAAUCUGCUUAUCCCUGGCAAAAUCAAAUUAGGCUGUUGAAGUAACGUUCCAUAAGCAAGAUCUGUUAAAUAUGGAUGGUGGAAAAAAGAUGCAACUGGAAGCAUAUCAUCAUGGAGCCUUAAGAGGGAGAUAUGAAGCAGGCCAUGUGACUAGGGGAUAUCAGGAGAGAUUAAACUGAAAGAUGCGCCGCACGGCAGCUGACACAUAUCACAUCCUAACGUCCGGACUCUAAUGGGACCCCAUGGUAUCAACAGGGCAGUACAGAGAGUGGAGUUUUCUGACUGCAAGAACGGGCUGGGAGUGAAAAUCACCGGGGGUUACAGGGAGCUCACCGGGGAAGAGUAUGGAAUAUACAUCAAGAGAAUCCUGCCGUGCGGGAUUGCUGCUCAGGACGGGCGUCUUAAAACAGGGGAUCUUAUUUUGGACGUCAAUAACAUGAGUUUAGGUGGAGUUACAAAUGAAAGGGCUGUGGAGAUCCUCCGUACGGCUUCAGCCUCUAACCACGUGUCUCUUUUGAUUGUUCGGGAUGAUGAGUCCAGGAAAGAAUUUUUGGAACUUAUGGGAAAGUAUGGCUCCAACAGUAGCACAGGCUGUGGAAUGAACUCUCCAGCACAGUUCUCCACAGGGAAGCUGACAGACACGGCCUCGUCGUCCUCCUCCUCCUCCUCCAGAUCUACCAGCCCACUAUUGCAGAGCCCAAAGGAAGCAGGCUGCGUUGGGGGCACCACUGCCCCCUCCGGCCCCAUCAUGCCUCAGGCUUUCAAUGACGCCGCAAUUCAGUUGAUAUGCGUUGCCAAGGGAACAGGCCUGGGCCUGGUCAUCAGGGGUGGGACUAACCGGGCAGAGGGUCCUAUGGUGUAUAUUCAGGAAAUCGUGCCAGGGGGUGACUGCCACAAGGAUGGACGACUUAAGGCAGGAGACCAGCUCAUAUCUAUAAAUAAAGAAUCAUUCAUUGGUGCGACUUACGAGGAGGCGAGAAGCUUAGUAAGCCGCACAAAAUUAAGGCCAGACCCCACUAUUGAGAUUGUCUUCAUUCACCCGAGAUCUUCCCUCAGCCCCGGCCACAGUCCCCAGAUUCCCAUCUCCCUGCAGCAGGCACUUUGUGGGAAUGGCCAUUUGCUGAGGCCCACGGGGCUGGGCUUGCUGUCGCAGUCUGGCAAUCUGGUCCGAAGGAUUUCCUGCGCUCCCAGUCCUGGAAGUGAGACCCUGCCCUCAGUCCAGCUAAGUCAAGUUCGGAGCUUUCUCCCGAGGAUGGAGCAGCCCUCUGGUACGCAACCUGAUAGCACCACAGCUGCCGACACUUGCCCAGAUGCUGUGUCUGCCAGUCAUACACCAACCAGCUCGGCCCCACGGAGGGGAAUUUCUCUUAGCUCUAGCAGUUUCUUAAAGCUGGACAAGCUGAUGCAGGCUUUAGGGUCCUUAGGGAUAAAACUCACGGAAGAACAGCGGCAGACACUGAAAGAGCGACUGUCCUCUGACUCGACUGGCAUUGCAGCUCCUGAGGAUUGUGAGGAUAAUACUAAAGAGCUGGUCCAGUCGCAAAUUGAUGCAUCCACGUUGGGUCAAGAAGCAUCAGGCGUUGCUUCAGAUAAUCUCCCAAGCCUGUCAGAAUCAUCAGGAGAGCAACCGUGUUAUUCAUCAGAUUCUGAUGAACUUGAGGUGAUGGAGCGAUUGCGAAAGGACCACGCUGAAGCUUUGAAAAAGAUAAAGAAACUUCAGGAUGCAUUGGUAGAAUCUGCAAACCACCAGCAUAAGAUGCAAGAAGAAAUGAAGAAGAUUAACCAGGAAGCAAAAGCCGCCAUUGACGAGACCAGGGCCCUGCGGACCCGGAUCCACCUGGCUGAGGCAGCCCAGAAGCAGGCCCGGGGCAUGGAAAUAGACUAUGAGGAGGUGAUCCAGCUGCUGGAGGCAGAGAUAGCUGAGAUGAAGGCCCAGAUCACUGACCAGCCUGCCCAUGUGAAGGUCGAAACUCAGGAUUUUCAGAAGGUAAUUGCAGCACUAGAGUGUCAGCUGCACAAAUCCGAGAACACCAAGAAGGGUGUUGAGGUCUCCACAUGGAAGCUUUUGCAUUUCGUGGAGAUCAUCCAAGACUUUCUCUCAGACAGUCAAGGUUCUCAUAAAAGCUACUGCUCUGCUAACGAUGCCAAGCUUGGCCAGUCCCAGGCACUAGCCUCCUGUCCUACAAAGAAGGCUCCCUGGAAUGCUGCAGCUCUGACUAAGGAAGCCAAGGAACUCACCCGCUCUGUUAGAGCUAUUCUUGAGGUGGAUUGUAAGUGAGCUCCUGUUGCACAUUGUGUCGUCUUGCAUGCAGAAGACUCCCCUGAAAACCAUCCUCCUCUCGCCUCUUUGUCAGCAGACUGACGAGUGAUGUUUGUUAAACUGCAUCAACAGCUACAGUUAGGGACUACAGUGCAAAGUGGGGGCUUCUCAUCAUUCAAUCGACGCAAACUUUGAUGUUUUAUUAACAGCUACUAAUUGCAGAAUUCAUAUUAAAUAUCUAGUGCAUUUUACUGGGUUUUAUCUCUAGCUACUCAUCUUAUAGUUUCUGAUAAAAUAAAUAUCCACGAUACAUCUGUGUUCUAAAAAAGUAUUGAUACAUGAUGAUUUCAUUAGUAUACAGUAUACAUUCUGUGUUAAGUAGCCUAAUGUGACACCUACUGUAUAGUAAUCACAAAGUCUGUCCCAUUAUAUUAACUGAAAGGGUUCCUUUCAACUCCCCCCAUACCUCUACUGUCUUAUCUUAAUCGAUAAACUUGUCCAGUAUCCAGUCCUCUUGUACCAAGCAGGAUUCAGCUACAUACCUUAUGUCUCGAGAUGGAGGAAAUGACAUGUGAUUCGAAGACAUUAAAUUGAACACCAAUAUUAACCAUCCUCGUUUAUUUAUUUUAUUUCCCAUUAAUGCAUAGGGCGUCAAAAACGUCAUGGUUUGUUUAAAUGGCUCAUAAUUUAUCUUUGAAGGGAAGCAGGCUGCCAAUAAUCUUUUCGCAUAAUUCUGUGGAUAUGUUGCGUGUAAAACUAGGUCAGUUCAAAACAAAGGUGCUUUUCAUUGUGACCCGUUGAUCUAAAUCAUUUUAGCAGGGCUAGCGUUGCCUGGAUACAGUAUUCAGAAUAUGAAAUUGUCUCUCAAAUAACACCAAUAUAUGUAGGUGUUUAUUACAUAUACAUGAAAAGUUGCGUACCAUGACUUUGGUAUGGAAAACAACCCCAUUGAGUGCCUGUGAAGGCACAGUGAAAGAUUUUGACUUAUUCUUAUUUGACUUAUGUCACAAUACAAUAAGGCUACCCAUAUAAAGCAUUUAUGAAUGGCUUAUAAUCUGGUUAUUAAUCAGGUUGUAACACUUUUUAAAUUAUUAAUAGAGAAUUUUAUACAAGCUAUAACACAGGUUUCUUUUUAUUGAUGAGUUACUACCAUUUACAAGUGGCAAAAGGGGGCCUUUUUGUAAAGUGGUGCCCUUACUCUGAUUCUCUGGUUUUGUUAUUGGCUAAGCUGCACAUAUCCAAGGCUCAUAUGAAGAGAGACUUACUGAAGAUAUAAUUUUGAAGCAUUAUACAGUACGUUUGCAUUAUGUUACAAUACAUCACAUAAUAAAAGUUUAGAAAUUUACUUUAUAAAUUUAGCUAAUUAGCUAAUAAUUUAUUAAAAUUUAUGCUUAAACAGAAGUUUGAUACUGGGUCUGAUUCAUUCCACCUCAAAAAGAUUGCCAGUCGUAUGAUUCAGUAAAAAGAUUUAAGGCAGUUUACAGUCCAUUAGAAUUAUGUACUUUCCAAACUGUUUAGCUCAAUGGAAUAUGUCUUAUUCACAGAGUUCAUGGCAUCGAUUUGGCAGAUCAGUUGCAGAGCUACAGUCAGUUGGCUACUGAAAACUGGUCUUUGGUUGGCUGAAGAGGGAGCAGACUUAGGGAUGCUGUGAUAAUCCUGAUGCACAGACAACAGACACAGGAGACAGGAACCCUACACACCUACAGUACACACCCAUACUAAUUCCUAGUUUGUUUGUUUUUUCCAGUCCUCAAUUAUCAUUUAGUUUUUAUUAAAUAUUCAUUUAAAAUAUUCUUACCCAGAACUAUUGUGUGUCAAUGAGUGACACUGUUAUUUGCUUCUUUUUUGAGUGCUUUGUGGAGUGACAUUGGGAUCGUACAAUAUAAAAAGAAUUUAGAUUUCCUGGAAAGUCCGGACAAGAAGUCACAUUUUUAAAGCUCAUCCACAGUGACAAAAUGUUGGUCCAAUUACAUUUCCACGAUCUUUCUCUGCAUUAUUGUACAUUGAAUUGUGUGCAUUACCUUUCACGUACAGUAUGGAUGUUACGCGUCACUACUCAGGAUCAUAUCAGGAUAUGCUCAUCGCGAUUCAGUUCAUGGUUUGUGGUGUCUGAAUUAUUUACAUCAGACACAGUAAUCUUUGAGGGGCCCUGUGAUGAUCAUUAGCCCUGGGAAUCCCUGAUAUGCCGCUGUAUGUUCGGCCUGACCAAGGUGACAGAGUUAAUGUAAACAAUGUAAGUCCUUCAUGCUCUGUUAGAUCAGUGGGAUUUCUGCAGCUGUCCUUAUGCUCCAUCGUAAUACAAAUACAAAUCAUGUAAAACAUUUUAGUCAUUGAUAAUAUUAUUUAAUACUGCCCUGUUGGUAUGGAGCAUACCAGUAUGGAAAGUGAGUAUAAAUAUUUAUGUCUUUGUAUUUAGCUAUUACAACUGCCUUGUACUUCAUAUGAGGAAAACUGUAAAGAGGACAAAAUUGCCAGAUGGCUAUGUAAUGACUGUACUAUAUCUUGAAUUUGUUCAUAUAAAAGAGAGGAAUUAUGAAAUAAAGUCUACCCAGAAAUGUGA